CAAGAAGCUUUCAAAUUAGACAUUACACAUUUAGAAAAUGAACUAAAUCCGAAAGAUGACAGCUGCAUGAAUAAUUAAACAGGAUCCUCUUUCUAUAAAUUCAAAACCCUGCGGCUGGUUCGUUUACACCAAAACCUCCUCCCAGGAAAUGCUGGCGACAGCUUCAUUUCUCGUUGUGCUAUGCGGCUUCUUUCUGACUGAAUUUUCUCAUCAGGUUGAUGCAGAAAAUGGCGAAGUUAGCGUCAGAGAUUUCACUGGUUUGAGGUUUAAGCGUUUGGUGCCUUAUGGAGGAUUAAAAAGAGCAAUUUCAGGGAAAAUUAAUAGCAUCACUUCACGAAACCCAAAAGGGAAAUUUCAAAAAAAGAUAAGCCCGAGGAACAAAUUUAAAAAGAGUCUCAAGAAAAAGAAAAGCUCCAAAUCUAGAAGGAAGUCAAGGAAAAGAAAGAAUAAAAAACGGUCUAAAAAAAGGAAAGGGAAAAAAGGAAAAAGAUCCAAGAAGAAGAGAGGGAAAAAAAGAAGUUCCAAGAAAAGAGGAAAGAAACGAAGAAGUUCCAAAAAGAAGAGAGGAAAAUCACGAAAAGGAAAAUCAUCAAAACGAUCCAAAGGCAACAGAGGGUGAAUAGACACAGGCGAAAACUAGAGAGGGGUCCAAAAUGAAGAGAAACACAUGAUAAUUUAAAUGAUUUCAUCCAAACGAUCUAAGAGGCGGAGAAUCAACAAUAGUAAAUCUUAAACACAUCAAAAACAAUACAAAAGCGUGAGCCCAACUACUAGUACAUGUAAUUUAGAAAAAUUUCAUCUUAAUUUAUGGUACCGGUGAGUCGAUAUAUUGGGAUACAUAAUAAAUAUAAACUUGU